AUGCGGGGCACACGAUCGCAUCCUGCGACCACAGCUGCGGUCUUGCCUCCGAGCUGGAAUGGUGAAACCAGUGACACGGGCACGGCCACGCCACCUUGGCAGACACCUGCGCAGCUGACGAAGACGAUAUGCGACCUCCACCAGCUCACGACUUGCCGUCUGCAACUCGGCGGUGCGCCAGUCGGACUACAUCCUCGUCAGUUCUCCUGGAGACGCCUCCCCAAUUUCCACGUUGAUCUAUACCAAACGCCCAGCGCCAAAGCUCCACUCGCAAUCAAGGAUAUCAGGGCGUUGCAACCUGGUGUCACAUGA